AUGCCUCCUCCGCCUACGACUGAUCCAAAGAUCAACACCCUUCUCUCUACCAUUCAAUCCGAGAGAAGGAAUUUGGAAGGUGCCAAAGCUGUCAUGAGAGCAGUAGAAGCAUCUUCAAAAAAUGAAGCUGUCAUCCAACAAGCUCAAAAUGAAGUUAGAUCAGCUCAAGCUUCAAUCAAAUUCUUGGAAGAUGAAUUAGCUAAGUUACAACUGUCUUCGGGUGGUUCUGCUUCUGGUUCUGGUUCUGGUAGUCCAAUGAGGAACCCCCCACAAGGACAAGCCCAAGCCCAAGGACAAGGUUCAGGUCAAGGACAAGGAACGGGUCAAGGAUUAGGAUCAAGUGGUGAAAGUUCUUCAAAUCCCAAUUCUCAAAGAAAUCAAUAUCAAUAUCAAAAUCAACAAGGUCAAAUGACACCUUCGAGAUCAGGUUUAAGUAAUAGCGGAUACGGAGGCAAUGGAAGUGGACCUCCUGUCAGUCCAAGUCCAAGUUCCAAAGGUUAUUCAAACGUAGAUAGAGAUAGACCUUUACCACCUCCUCCGCCCGGUGCUGAACAAUCAGAAAUCAAGAAAUCAGAACAAAAGAAUUAUACACAAUUAGACCUGCAGAGAUAUGACGCUCCUUUGAGCGGCGCCAAAAUCACACGAAUGCUCAAUCAGCUUCAAUUCAAACUUCAAGUUGAAGAACAGUAUAAACUCGGUAUCGAAAAGAUGGCCCAAGCUUAUCGAAUCGAAGGUGAUAAAAGAUUACGUGCAGAAACAGAUGCCAAGAGAGUCGAGAGUGAUGGUAAAAUUCAAUUAUUGAGAAAAGCUAAAAGGAGAUAUGAAACUUUGGCUAAAUUCGGUGGAGCAGUUGAGGAUGAUGAAGAUUUACUACCCGACGGCAUGAAACGUAAAGACGCUUUGCGAAAACCGAUUUCAGGUAGAUUAGUCGUUUCAUUACGUUCAGCUCGCGAUCUAAACCAUCGACCUUUGCCUCGUAAAUCAUCCAAAGUGUAUAACGAAACUACCGUAGUGAUCAAGAUUGAGGGAAAUGAAAGAGCUGUAUCACAUCCUUCAAGAGUGGAUAAAUGGCAUGAAGAUUUCGAGAUAUACAUCGAUAAAGCGAACGAAGUUGAAGUUACAAUUUACGAUACUGUCGCUCCAGGUGAUUCGGCACCUAUCGGUAUGAUGUGGUUCACAGUCAGUGAUUUGUUAGAAGCUCUUCGAAGACAAAAAGUAGGAAUGGAAACUCAAGGUGCGGGAUGGGUUACAGCUGCAGCUGCAGCUACUUUAGGACCAAGAUCAGGCGCCGCACCGGACUCUGUAACUCUACAUAGUGCCGGAACGAUAAGAGGUAGACCUCCAGGUGCAGACGGGAAAGUCCCAGAGGGAAUCGAGGGUUGGUGGUCAGUUGAACCUGCCGGUGCUAUAGCUCUCAGAUUAGACUUUGUCAAGGACAACGUAGCUGGACAGAGAAGACCUUAUGAAGCUCUUGGAAGAGCAGGUGCAGUCAGAAAGAGAAAGGGCGAUGUUUACGAAAUGAACGGACACAAAUUCGUUCAAAGACAAUUCUAUCAACCUAUCAUGUGCGCUUUAUGUCAAGAAUUCUUACUCACCGGAGAAGGAUAUCAAUGUGAAGAUUGUCGAUACGCAUGUCACAAGAAAUGUUAUCCCAAAGUUGUCACGAAAUGUAUCAGCAAAUCACAUGCGGACGGAGAAGGAGACGAAGAAAAAAUCAAUCACCGUAUUCCACAUCGAUUCACUCCAUACACCAAUAUCACUGCCAAUUGGUGUUGUCAUUGCGGUUACAUGUUACCCUUCGGAAGGAAAAAUUCCGUCAAAUGUUCGGAAUGUUCCCUCACUUGUCAUCAAACGUGUUCUCACCUUGUUCCCGAUUUCUGUGGUAUGACAAUGGAAAUGGCCAAUAUCCUAUUAAAGAAUUUGAGAGAUAUCAAGACUACCCAAGUUCACAAGAAACCAGUACCACCCUCGGUCUCUUCAUCGAAUUCAUCGAUAUCAACUCUUCCUUCAUACCAUACUCAAGAAAGAAUCAGUGCACCUCAAUUACCCCCUAUUCAGUCUCAAACACAGACACAGACCCAAACUCCAGCUGCUCCACCUAGACCACCUCCCCCUCCCGGAGCUUAUGAUCCAAGAUAUGGUACACCUACACCACAACAACCUGUCGUGCAACAACAACAACAGCCACCACCACAGCAGCAACAGCAGCAGCAGCAACAGCCAUAUCCACCUCAAGCAGGCUAUGACAGUAAUCGACCAACGGGAGGUAGACCAAUGCCUCAACCUCCCGCUCAACCUCAACAACGAUUGAGCUACAAUGAUGGUCGACCUCAAGACGGGUUUGCAACAAUGCCUACAGUUCAGGUGCCACCUAAACUCCCACCAGGAGCUCAAGCUGAACCUUCUCGUCAAUACGCUCCUUCUCCAGCUCAACCUCAAUUCCAAGCUCAACCACAAGCACAGCAAGCAGUUGUCUCUCGACCACCGCAACAAUUGAUCAGAAAACGUAAAGUCGGUCUGGACGAUUUCAACUUCCUUGCAGUACUUGGUAAAGGUAACUUUGGUAAAGUCAUGCUGGCCGAGGAGAAGACAUCGAGCCAUUUGUAUGCUAUCAAAGUUUUGAAAAAGGAAUUCAUCAUCGAAAAUGACGAAGUUGAGAGCACCCAAUCUGAGAAACGAGUCUUCCUCGCUGCAGCACAAGAGAAACAUCCAUUCUUAUUAGAGUUACAUUCAUGUUUCCAAACUGAAACUCGAAUUUACUUCGUUAGUGAAUAUGUGUCCGGAGGAGAUUUGAUGUUGCACAUUCAAAAGAAACAAUUCACCCUACGACAAGCUAAAUUUUACGCAUGUGAGGUAUUAUUGGCUUUACAAUAUUUCCAUUCAAAAGGAAUCAUCUAUCGAGAUUUGAAAUUGGACAACAUUCUUUUGACCUUGGAUGGUCAUGUUAAAGUCGCAGAUUAUGGUUUAUGUAAAGAAGAAAUGUGGUAUGGUAAAACGACUAGUACUUUCUGUGGUACACCAGAAUUCAUGGCUCCAGAAAUAUUGUUGGAACAGCGAUAUGGUCGAGCGGUCGAUUGGUGGGCUUUCGGUGUUUUGACAUACGAGAUGUUACUUGGUCAAUCACCAUUCAGAGGUGAUGAUGAAGAUGAGAUCUUCGAUGCUAUUUUGGAAGAUGAACCUUUGUAUCCUAUUACUAUGCCCAGAGACGCUGUUUCAUUAUUACAACGCUUGCUCACUAGAGAUCCCACUCGUCGAUUAGGAGCGGGAGAAGCUGAUGCGGAAGAUAUCAAAAGACAUUUAUUCUUCAAAGAUGUCAAUUUCGAUGAUGUCUAUCACAAACGAAUCCCACCACCUUAUUUCCCUACAAUUGGAAAUGCGACUGAUACAAGUAAUUUCGAUCAAGAGUUCACAAGGGAACAACCCACCCUGACUCCUGUACAUACACAAUUAUCAGUUCAAGAUCAACAGGAAUUUGCUGGAUUCUCCUGGAUCGCUCCGUGGGCAGCCGCUCAAGCAUGA